CACCCAUCUCGCUUGUUGCAUUGGCAAUAAUCUGACUACCGCUACGGGGAAGAUCAAUCAACUGAUUUAGCAUCGAAGCUAUUCAAAGAGUUGUGCUUUCGACCAAUAGCAGAACAGGAAACAAACAAAUAUUGUUGACCGCAUCGGUCGUGUUUGAAUCAAUGUUGUCGUUUGUCUCGACUACGCUGAGGCCAAAGGUCCCUGCACCUCUGCUGUUUUCUAAAAUGCAACAACUGUCUACAUCACCCGAGGACCCUGCAAAGCGAAGAGAGGCGUUAAGCACCCGCAAUGAAGUGCAGAGACAACGAUACGCCAGUGAUCCAGAAUACCGAGAACGCCUGCUGGCAGCUUCGCGCAAACACCGGAAUGAAUUCAAUUUGGAGCGCUACCAUAGAAUCAAGGACUCGAGGAAAAGGCGCUGGCAACAGAUUUCCGAAGAUUCUAAACGUUUGGAGGAGUAUUACAAACGUUAUAAUGCCUACCAAGCGAAGAGAAAGAUUGAAGAACCACGAUUUCUCUUAUCUGACAGGCUGCACAAGUGGACUUUGGGGCUUAAAGACCGGAAGGACGGUGUGCAAUGGCGUUCCCACGAGCCCAUCUUCUACAAGGAGAAGGAACCACACGACUGUCAAUAUUGCUCGACCCGCCGGGGUGGUGCCAAGUUGUGUAAGUGACAAAAGAUGAAACCACAAAAACGAUACAUCCAGUUCUGCAUGAAUGCUCAUUCAAGGACGGCACAACACAUCCAAGUGUGGUGAACCAAUCAAUUGACCAAGUGCUCAUCCAUUUCACCUGAUAACUUGCUAACAAUUCCUCUCUCU